AUGGACUCCAGUCUCGAGUUCCUCGGUUCCUUUGACGUUUCUGACUCUCAAGGCACCGUAGUAGCAUCUGCGGAGGAGGUUGACGAGGCACAGGAGGAGGAGUUGUUGUUUUCGGUCCGUUGUCGUACUCGACCAACGCCUGGUACAGAUAGCUCUGGGGACGAGGAGGAGGGGAAGGCAGGAGAUGAAGGGGUGAUAGAUGCUCCAGCCCCACCGACAAAGAAAAUGAAGGCUGCCAAGAAGGCUGCUAAGAAGCCCGUUCGUGAGACUAGAGAACUCCCGCCUGUACCAGAUUUCGACAAUAUCUUUCGCUACUACAAGGAUGGACACCCAGCACAAUCCAACCUUCCCCGUGCUCUUCAACUCGACCAAGAACUGGCACCAAUAAACAUAUUCAGCCUAUUCUUCAGCGGCAAAGUAUUUUCGGAUAUGGCCACCUUCACUAACGCAUAUGCAGCAUCAAAAGGAGCCGGCACAGGAGAGGGAUUGCGCCAAUGGGUAAAGACCACACCUGACGAACUGCGCAUAUUCCUCGGCAUCAUUGUCUACAUGGGCGAAUUCAGGCAGAACUCUGUCUCAGAGUAUUGUUCAACCUUCCCUGAAUGUCCUCAACACAACAUCACUAACUUCAUCUCCCUCGUCCGCUUCGAACAACUGAGGCUUUUUUUCAUGUCUCCAACCCCAACGAACCUGAGCAACAUUGGUUCUCAAAGACCUGUCUCCAUGCUCUUCACCGUCCAUGCCCUCAGCCUCGGCGACAACGACUGA